CUGGGAAUAAUGAGCCGUGUGGAGGGUCUGAGGGCCGACUCCUCUCAGUUCACUCUGGAGGGAGCACCCUUCCGCAUCCUGGGGGGCUCCAUCCAUUACUUCCGUGUACCCAGAGCCUACUGGGAGGACCGGCUGCUGAAGAUGAAGGCCUGUGGCCUCAACACUGUCACCACAUAUGUGCCAUGGAAUCUGCAUGAGCCUGAGAGAGGAGCAUUCGACUUUCAGGAUCAGUUGGACCUCAAGGCCUACGUCGGUUUAGCAGCAGAGAUGGGUCUGUGGGUGAUCCUGCGUCCUGGACCGUACAUCUGCGCUGAAUGGGACUUGGGCGGGUUGCCCAGCUGGUUGUUACAAGACAAAGGCAUGCAGUUGAGGACAACGUAUCCUGGAUUUGUAGAUGCCGUCAACCUGUACUUUGACAAGCUUGUGCCAGUUAUCAAACCUCUGAUGUUUGAAGAGGGAGGCCCAAUCAUCGCAGUUCAAGUUGAGAACGAGUACGGUUCAUAUGCCAAAGAUGAGAAAUACAUGCCAUUCAUACAGACUUGUCUUCGGUCCCGGGGGAUCAAAGAGCUCCUGCUGACUUCCGACAACUGGGAGGGCCUCAGAUAUGCUGGGAUGGAGGGAGUUCUAAAAACAAUAAACCUUCAGAGACUGUCAUUUGGAGCUAUCCAGCACUUAGCUGACACGCAGCCCCAGAAACCUUUAAUGGUGAUGGAGUAUUGGUCGGGGUGGUUUGACGUCUGGGGAGAACAUCACCACGUUUUCCACGCUGAGGAUAUGCUAGCGGAUGUGUCAGAGAUCCUGAAGAGAGGCAUCUCCAUUAAUCUGUACAUGUUUCAUGGGGGAACCAGCUUUGACUUCAUGAAUGGAGCAAUGGACAUAGGCACCUACAAACCUCAGGUCACCAGUUAUGAUUACGACGCUCCGUUGUCUGAGGCUGGCGAUUGCACCCCAAAAUAUCAACUCUUGAGGAAUUUACUCAGCCAGUACCACUCUGAGCCUCUUCCCGGAGAGCCCACUCCUCGUGAGACGAGAGCAUACGACCCAGUCACCAUCCAGCAGCACCUGUCACUGUGGGACAGCCUGCACUUCACCGCCAAGCUCCACCCGCACAGGGCGGAGAGGCCGGUGAACAUGGAGAAUCUACCCGUCAACAAUGGCAGCGGUCAGUCGUACGGCUACACACUGUAUGAAACCACCAUCACCGCUGGAGGAACCCUCAACUCCAAGAACAACAUCAGAGAUAGAGCACUGGUUUUUGUGGACAGGCAAUGUGUCGGCUGUUUGGACUACAAGACUCAUGAGCUGGCUCUGCCUGACGGAGCGGGAGCGAUGACCUUGAGCUUGCUUGUGGAGAACUGUGGAAGAGUGAAUUAUGGAAAAGCUCUUGAUGACCAGCGCAAAGGUAUUGUGGGAGACAUUGUGUUGAAUCACACCCCUCUGACAGGGUUUACCAUCUUCUGUUUGGAUAUGAAGACAAGCUUUAUGAAAAGAUUAAUGCGUUCGGAUCAGUGGAAGUCUGACUUCAAGUCGCCAUCCAUUCCAGGAUUCUUCCAGGCCAGACUGUAUGUAGAUGGUCCUCCCAGAGACACCUUCAUCAGACUCCCUGGUUGGGGUAAAGGAGUCGUGUUUGUCAAUGGGCAGAACCUCGGACGCCAUUGGUGCAUUGGUCCCCAGCUUUCCCUUUAUCUCCCAGGACCUUGGCUCAGAAGUGGAGAUAAUCAGAUAAUCGUUUUCGAGGAACAAAAAGUGGAUGACAAAAUACUUUUUGCCGAGAAUCCUGAUCAUGGAAGGACAAUUGAUGUUUACAAACUCCCCUUUUGCACACUGCUGUGAAGAUAACAACACAAACAGUUGUACACACAUUGGGGGAAUGUUUAUUGAUACUGGCAGAUACUGUUAUAAUAUUUAAAGCU